AUGUUCUUCGCCAUCGUGCUGACAUUGGCGGUAAAAACGAUUGCUAUCGGGUCCGCCGUGGAUACGGCGAACGCAAAUGAUUUACCAUCCGUUCUCUCUGUCUCUCCCACUGACAAUUCCGAAGCGGGCGAACGCUAUUCCCGAAGUUUCCCGCAAAAUUCCUCUUCUACUAAUCCGGAUUGGACACGCAAAACCCGAAAAGGACCUGCUCAUCCAGCCUUGCCACCAAUUUCCCCACCAUUUAUUGACGAUAUAGCAACGGCAGCUAAACCUAAAAAAACCACCACCAAACAACGCAAAACCCGACAGUGGCCGGGAACUGCUCCUCCUUUUUACGGAGGCUUUGACAGUUUGCCUCCAGAGUCCCCUCCCAUUAAUCCCAACUGGGACAGCUUGCCACCAGAGUCCCCUCCUAUUAAUCCAUCAUGGGACAGUUUGCCACCAGAGUCCCCUCCUAUUAAUCCAUCAUGGGACAGUUUGCCACCAACUUCACCUCCUUUCAACGACGAUGUAAAAAAGGGAGGUAACACUAAGACAAUAAAUACCAAACCACGCAAAACCCGACAGUGGGAGUCCCCUCCUAUUAAUCCCAAUUGGGACAGUUUGCCACCAGAGUCCCCUCCUAUCAAUCCAGCCGAUGACAGUUUACCACCAGAGUCCCCUCCUAUUAAUCCCAGCUGGGAUAGUUUGCCACCAGAGUCCCCUCCUAUUAAUCCCAAUUGGGACAGUUUGCCACCAGAGUCCCCUCCUAUUAAUCCCAACUGGGACAGUUUGCCACCAGAGUCCCCUCCUAUUAAUCCCAACUGGGACAGCUUGCCACCAGAGUCCCCUCCUAUUAAUCCCAGCUGGGACAGUUUGCCACCAGAGUCCCCUCCUAUUAAUCCAUCAUGGGACAGUUUGCCACCAACUUCACCUCCUUUCAACGACGAUGUAAAAAAGGGAGGUAACACUAAGACAAUAAAUACCAAACCACGCAAAACCCGACAGUGGGAGUCCCCUCCUAUUAAUCCAGCCGAUGACAGUUUGCCACCAGAGUCCCCUCCUAUCAAUCCAGCUGAUGACAGUUUGCCACCAGAGUCCCCUCCUAUUAAUCCCAACUGGGACAGUUUGCCACCAGAGUCCCCUCCUAUUAAUCCCAGCUGGGACAGUUUGCCACCAGAGUCCCCUCCUAUUAAUCCCAGCUGGGACAGUUUGCCACCAGAGUCCCCUCCUAUUAAUCCCAACUGGGACAGUUUGCCACCAGAGUCCCCUCCUAUUAAUCCCAGCUGGGACAGUUUGCCACCAGAGUCCCCUCCUAUUAAUCCCAGCUGGGACAGUUUGCCACCAGAGUCCCCUCCUAUUAAUCCCAGCUGGGACAGUUUGCCACCAACUUCACCUCCUUUCAACGACGAUGUAAAAAAGGGAGGUAACACUAAGACAAUAAAUACCAAACCACGCAAAACCCGACAGUGGCCGGGAACUGCUCCUCCUUUUUACGGAGGCUUUGACAGUUUGCCUCCAGAGUCGCCUCCUAUUAAUCCAUCCUGGGACAGUUUGCCACCAGAGUCCCCUCCUAUUAAUCCAUCCUGGGACAGUUUGCCACCAGAAUCUCCUCCUAUCAAUCCAGCCUUUGACGAAAAAGCCGUUUCGAAAGCUCCAUCGCCUACUUUUCCGGAAAUUGCGAUGCGCAAACGUCGCGCAAUCAGUCGUCUGGACGGUGACUGUGCACCUUCCCAAUUGAUAGGUGCUGUCCAUCCAGUGGCUUUAAUGAACUACAUGAGAAAGCAUCGUAGAAUGAAUAGAAUGCGAAUGAGGAUGAAGAGUUUGUACAACCAAAUGAGAAGUGAACCGCUACUGUCGACGCUCAAUCCGCACUUCUACACCACGUUUGUCAGGUUCAAUUUGGAGUUUGACCAACAUUUCCGAGACCCCCGUCGCUUCGCGAAAGCCGUCAAGAAUAUAUUGGCCGAACACCGGAAGUUGAUCCGUCAACGGGCAUACAGCUAUGUCAAGCCGAUCAAACAACUCAGUUGCAACGCAUGGAAAUGGUACAACGCAUAA